AUGCGACUCGAAUAGGAGGCUCCAGCGAAAGAAGACAGCAUGGCUACCUCCGAAGGAAAGAAGCGUGGUCUGGAGCAUUUGGACGAAUAUGAACCCAAACCUGCGAAGUAUAUGCGAAGCCUUCACGACCGAAUGGCAGAAAGGAGACUUGUUGUCAUUUUGGAGGGGGCCUCGUUAGAAACAGUGAAGGUCGGAAAAACGUUUGAGUUGCUAAACUGCGAUCAACACAAAAAUAUUAUUGUCAAAAGUGGGAGGGAUCCGGGACAAGUUAGACCAGACAUCACACAUCAGUGUCUUCUGAUGCUGAUGGAUAGUCCAUUGAACAGGGCAGGCCUACUGCAGGUUUACAUCCAUACAGAGAAAAAUUCCUUAAUAGAGAUCAAUCCACAGACGCGCAUCCCAAGAACGUUCACACGCUUCUGUGGCCUGAUGGUCCAGCUUCUGCACAAGCUGAGUGUCAGAGCAGCUGAUGGUCCUCAAAAGCUUCUGAGGCUCAUUAAGAAUCCAGUGUCUGACCACUUGCCUCCUGGCUGCCCUCGCAUCGCCACCUCCUUCUCUUCGGGGGAAGCCGUGGGUCCCAGGACGUUGGUGCCCGAGGGACCGGCUGCUGUGGUGAUCGGAGCAUUUGCACACGGAGCGGUGAACGUGGACUACACAGAAAAGACUGUGUCUAUAAGUAACUAUCCCCUAUCUGCUGCACUAACCUGUGCAAAAAUAUGCAGUGCCUUCGAGGAAGUGUGGGGCGUCCUGUGACAAACAGAUUUUGAAUUAAUAGUUGACAAACAGGACCUGUUGCGUGUAUGGAUGCGGUCUUAGUGGAUGGACCAAAUGUCCAGUAAUGACAAAUGGACUUAUUAAACAUGUACUGUGUUAUUCUGUACUAUACCCUUUUGUUUAGACACCACACAAUGAAAAUGUUUACCACAUGACUGUAUUUUAGAUCUAAACUGGGCAGUCUAAAUAAAAAUAAGGAUCUUUGUUGUAAAGUUUAAAAAAAAA